AUUGACGACAAAAUGUUUCUUACAAAAGGUAUAAUCGGAAGCAUCCUAAAAACUAUCGGGGACAUCGACCCAUCUCAGUUCAAGCCUUCAGACCCUCCUCCUCCUCGCAGACCCUUGAACUUCUCUGAGGCUCAUGAGAACGAUGAGGAGAAACAGUUCCGAAAAGUUUUCCAGCAGCUGGCCGGAGAGGACAUGGAGGUCAGCCCACAGGAGCUGAUGAACAUCCUGAACCGAGUCAUUUCCAAACAUGCAGGCCUGAAGACCGACGGCUUCAGCAUCGAGUCCUGCAGGAGCAUGGUCGCUGUCAUGGACAGCGACAGCACAGGAAAACUGGGCUUCCAUGAGUUCAAAUAUCUCUGGAACAACAUCAAGAAAUGGCAGGCCAUCUAUUUAUCUCACGACACGGACCGUUCUGGUGUGAUCAGCGCUGCCGAGCUUCCAGGAACCUUCAAGUCUGCAGGCUUCCCUCUGAACGAUGACCUUUACAAGCUGAUCAUCCGUCGUUACUGUGACGAGAAGGGCGACAUGGACUUUGAUAACUUCAUCGGCUGUUUGGUGCGACUGGACGCCAUGUGCAGAGCUUUUAAAACUCUGGAUAAAGACGGUAACGGCAGCAUCAGUCUGGACAUCAAAGAGUGGCUUCAGCUGUCGAUGUAUUCAUGAACCAACACAGAAGAGAAGCAUCAUCUCGCAGCACAUUACUUUGUUUUUCUUUUGUUUUUGUUUUUUGUUUGUUUUUUUGCUUCUGGAUGUUAACUUGUGCUCACAUCGUUGCUGUAUUUAUCCAGCAGGACCAAAAAAACAUAAAAAAAGUAAAGUCGGGGUAAAACUGGGACCAAAGUGGAGCUGAUGACCUCCUGCCACCAGGUGGCGCCAGAACAUCUCUGUGGCUCAAAAAUCUUUUGUUACUAAAGAGUUCCAUUUUUAUUGAGCUGACAAAGUUUCUGGAAAAAGACUCUUUUAAACAAAUUAAAGAGACCCAACUGAAAUAAA